UAAAAAAUCUUCAAACCCGUCUUUACGAACUUCAAUGACAUUUUCCGAAAAACGAUUCAUAAACACUUUUCCAGUUAAAGGAGAAAAUUUGCUUCAGUUUGUGGAUUUCGCACUUGAAUUUGUAAGAAGUUCUAAGGAAGAGAAGAAAGUUGAAAAGAUUGUGAAAGUUGAGAAUGUUGAGCUUGAGGAGGCUGAGGAGGUCGAAAAGGUUGAGGCUGAGUAG